UCUCCUCUCUCUCUCUCUCUCUCUCUCUCUCUCAGAUUUUACGCCCAAUGGCAUAUGAAACCGCUGAGUGCUCCCCAGUCUAAUCCCAAUUCCCACACAGUCACACACCCGCUCUCUCCUCUUUCGCUUUCUCUUUCUACUUUCUACUUUCUACAUAAGUGAUUUUUUGUUAGGUUGAAGCAGCAGCUUUAGUUACAAGUGGAGUUGCAUGCAAUGCGUUUCUGAUCACCCUUCAACGCUCCUUCUGCUCUCUUCUCUAUCUUUUACCCCACUUCCUUCUUCUACUUCCUCAUUCUCCAACUUUUCUCCUCCUCUUCCUCACAUGCUCACUCCUGUUUUCUCCACCACCAAACGGAGGAUGAAUGCGAUCCGCUAUUAGAGAAGCGAAAGAUUAGUGGCUGAAGAAGUUCGCGAAAACAAUGGCACCGGUGACUAACUGGCUCUCUUUUUCGCUCUCUCCCAUGGAAAUGCUGCGGUGUUCAGAGUCUCAGAUUAUGCCCUAUGAGAGCUCGUCUGCUGCUUCUCCGCAUUACUAUGUCGAUAACUUCUAUGCAAACGGGUGGACAAAUCCUAAGCCUCAAGUUAUGUACACAGAAGGAGACGACUAUCAAGUAAAAGAGGCUGCUACACCAAGCAUUACCAACUCGUCCAUGCUCACAAGCUUCGUCGACCCUCAACUCCAUCACCAACAGGUUCCCAAGCUCGAGGACUUCCUUGGCGGCGACUCAUCGUCCUUGGUCCGAUAUUCGGAGAGCCAAACAGAGACCCAAGAUUCCUCCCUGACUCACAUCUACGACCAUGGUUCUGCUUACUUCAACGAACAACAAGAUCUCAAAGCCAUUGCGGCGACGGCAGGAUUUCAAGCCUUUUCUACUAACUCGGGAUCGGAAGUGGAAGACUCAUCGUCCAUUGGGAGAACCCAGCUCGCAUCGAGCGAUUUUCCAGGUCAUUCGAUUGAGUCAGGGAACGAGUUGGCCUUCUCGCAUUGUCCUACAGGGGCAUUGUCACUUGGGGUUACGACUACGACUACGACUACUCAGAGAUCUGAUCAGCAGGCUAUUGUUUCAGCUGAUUCUGAUUGCUCUAAAAAGAUUGCUGAUACCUUUGGCCAAAGAACUUCUAUUUACAGGGGAGUUACCAGACACAGGUGGACGGGUAGAUAUGAAGCGCAUCUGUGGGAUAACAGCAGCAGAAGGGAGGGCCAGGCCAGGAAGGGGCGUCAAGUGUACUUGGGUGGGUAUGACAAGGAAGAAAAGGCAGCAAGGGCCUAUGAUUUAGCAGCUCUAAAGUACUGGGGUGCUUCUGCAACUACCAAUUUCCCUGUUUCAAAUUAUACCAAAGAAUUGGAGGAGAUGAAACAUGUGACCAAGCAAGAAUUCAUCGCUUCACUGAGAAGGAAAAGUAGUGGCUUUUCAAGGGGAGCUUCCAUUUACAGGGGUGUCACAAGGCAUCAUCAACAAGGUCGAUGGCAAGCAAGGAUAGGUCGAGUUGCUGGAAAUAAAGACCUGUACCUGGGGACAUUUGCCACCGAAGAGGAAGCAGCAGAGGCAUAUGACAUAGCAGCCAUAAAGUUCAGGGGUGUGAAUGCGGUGACCAAUUUCGAGAUGAACCGAUAUGAUGUGGAAGCAAUUGCAAAUAGUGCUCUUCCCAUUGGUGGAGCAGCAAAGCGGCUAAAGCUCUCGCUUGAAUCAGAUCAGAAGCCUUGUUUGAACCUGGACCAGCAAACUCAGUCCAGCGCCAGCAGCAGUGGCAUCACUUUCGGCGCAAUCCAACCAAUUCCUGCAAUCCCAUGUGGAAUUCCAUUAGAUACUGCAACUGCAUUUUAUCAUCACAACCUCUUCAACCAUCUUCACUCCAGUAACAUGGGCGCCUCCAACUCCCCAGGCACGACCUCCUCCUCUAUGCCAACCCCAAUGGCUUUGUUGCCGCCUCCAGCUGAGUUUUUCAUAUGGCCUCACCAGUCCUACUGACCGCACAAUUAUGCUAACAAUUAGCAAAAGCUCUUGUUUGUGCUUCCUACCCAGCUGACCCACAUCUGACCCACCACCUCUUUCAUGACUUUUAGCAGUUGUUGAAACAUAUGAGGUUUUGUUUGAGACAAGAUGAAGUUCUAGUUAUGCUAGGAAAACUAGGUUUUGUAAACUUCUCAAUGGAUGUUGAAUGGGAGCCCUAAUCUUUUUUCUUAA